AACGUGGGAACGUUUGUGGGUUGCUGCUGCUGCUGGGUUGCUGGAGUGAAAAUUGUUUGACAGCGAGGUGAGGCGACCUGUGCUCGGGGGAUAUCGAAACGAGAAGUUAGUUUCCAGCGUGUCUCCGGCAGUUUGCGAGUCACCGGCGAGGCGGACUCGGGAGCCACAAAUGAUUCGCACGAGUCUCAGCAACAGGGUACAGAGCGACAUGUCAGGGACUGUUUCAGCCUUCAGCGAAGGGAAGCGCGACUAGUACACCGCAACGCGGAAAAUAUCCAGGCGGAGAGAAUGCGAAUGGUGCGAAGAUACCGAAAUCAAACAAAAUGGAAACGAUGUAGCGUCGCUGCGGCAUUUCAUAUAGCUAGAACUAACGUUAGAGUAGAGAAUAGAUAGCUAAAGGAGCUAGCAGGUUAACUAACAUACAUGUAAAGUUAUUCCCCGGAGAAGCUGAAGCAGAGCCCGGAGGCGUCUGUUGAAUCAGAAGAGUUCAUCGGUGUUCCCAAAUCAAAGAAGAUAAACCGGAGAAGAUGCUACGGAGAAGAUUGAACCGACUGCUCGGCGGUGAUGAAAGAAGAGUGGACAGUAGGACUAUCUAUGUUGGUCAUCGGUCAUCUUCCACCACUGAGGCUUUCAUCCCACCCAAGUUCUGUGAUAACAGGAUUGUGUCCUCCAAGUAUACAGUUUGGAACUUUCUACCAAAGAACCUGUUUGAACAGUUUAGAAGAAUUGCCAAUUUCUACUUCCUUAUCAUCUUCCUGGUGCAGGUGAUAGUGGACACCCCCACCAGCCCAGUCACCAGUGGCCUACCCUUAUUUUUUGUGAUUACAGUAACCGCUAUCAAGCAGGGCUAUGAGGACUGGCUACGACACAAGGCUGACAAUGAGGUGAAUAAGUACCCAGUGACAGUGCUAGAGCAAGGCCGGAGGAUACGGAAGGAGAGCGAGAAGAUCAAGGUCGGAGACGUUGUGGAGGUGGAGGAAGACGAGACCUUUCCCUGUGAUUUAAUACUGCUGCAGUCUAGUCGAGACGAUGACACGUGUUUUGUUACCACAGCGAGUCUGGAUGGAGAGUCCAACCAUAAAACACACUACACAGUGCCAGACACAGAGAAGGAUCUGGAAUCUCUCAACGCCACCAUUGAGUGUGAACAGCCACAGCCUGACCUUUACAAGUUUGUUGGCCGUAUGCACAUCUACAAAAACGAUCAGGAGCCUGCAGUGAGGUCUUUGGGCCCAGAAAACCUCCUGCUGAAAGGGGCAACUUUAAAGAACACCCAGAAAAUAUGUGGUGUUGCAGUUUACACUGGCAUGGAGACAAAGAUGGCUCUCAACUACCAGGGCAAGUCACAGAAACGCUCCGCUGUGGAGAAGUCUAUCAAUGCCUUCCUUCUGGUUUACCUUUGCAUACUGGUGAGCAAGGCCCUAGUGUGCACAACACUUAAGUAUGUGUGGCAGAGCAAGCCCGGACAGGAUGAGCCUUGGUACAACGAGAAAACCCAGAGAGAGAAGGACACCAAUCUGUACCUAAAGAUGUUCACCGACUUCCUGUCCUUCAUGGUGCUCUUCAACUUCAUCAUUCCGGUGUCCAUGUAUGUGACGGUUGAGAUGCAGAAGUUUCUGGGAUCGUUUUUCAUCACGUGGGACAAAGACUUCUUUGACCCUGAGAUCAAGGAGGGGGCACUGGUCAACACUUCAGACCUCAACGAGGAGCUAGGACAGGUGGAGUAUGUCUUCACAGACAAGACGGGCACCCUCACGCAAAACAACAUGGAGUUCAUCGAGUGCUGCAUUGAUGGAUUCCAGUACAAGUACCGGGACGCAACCUCAGAGUUGGACGGAUUCUGCGUCACAGAUGGACCUGUAAACAAAGUGCAGCAGAAAGCUGGCAGGGAGAGGGAAGAGCUGUUCCUGCGUGCCUUGUGUCUGUGCCACACAGUCCAGGUGAAGGAGUCUACAGAGCAGGGUCAGAGCCAAGGGGAUGGACUGAUAGACCAGGUGGAUGGCUUAGGGGUGGAUGGAGAGGUGCUUCACCCACCCCAGGAGCAGAGAGGCUUCAUUGCCUCCUCACCUGAUGAGGUCGCUCUGGUCAAGGGUGCCAUGAGGUACGGCUUCACAUUUCUGGGGCUUGAGAGUAAAAGCAUGAAAAUUCUCAACAGGAACAACGAUGUUGAAAUGUAUGAACUGCUUCACGUGUUGAACUUUGAUCCAGUGAGAAGGCGAAUGAGUGUGAUAGUCAGAUCCAAAUCAGGUGAUAUACUGCUCUUCUGUAAGGGAGCAGACUCUUCGAUUUUUCCGCGUGUCAGACAAGAAGAGGUCGAAAGGAUACGCAUGCACGUGGAGCGUAAUGCAACAGAGGGCUACCGGACACUGUGUGUGGCCUACAAAUAUCUCAGUGCAGAGGAGUACGCGCAGGCAGAUGCAGGAUUGAGGGAAGCAAGGCUGGCUCUGCAGGACAGAGAGGAAAAGCUCAUGGCUGUUUACAACCAAGUGGAAACUGGCAUGAGUCUAAUAGGAGCUACAGCUGUGGAAGAUCGGCUACAGGAGGAGGCAGCGGAGACCAUGGAGGCUCUGCAGGGUGCAGGCAUGAAUGUUUGGGUCCUAACAGGGGACAAGAUGGAGACAGCAAAGUCCACCUGUUACGCUUGUAGAUUGUUCCAGAGAAACACAGAGCUGUUGGAGCUGACUGUGCGGACUCUUGAGGAUGGAGGGAGGAGGCGGGAGGAACGACUGCACGAGCUCUUGCUUGAAUACCACAAGAAAGCUGUGCAGGAUGCACCACCGAUUAAGGCAGGCGUCACCAGGACCUGGUCUUCAGCAAGCCAGGACUUCGGUUUCAUCAUAGAUGGAGCCACUCUGUCGAUGGUGCUCAACUCCUCGUCUGAAUCCAACUCAAGUCGCUACAAGAACCUGUUUCUGCAGAUCUGUCAGAACUGCACAGCCGUGCUCUGCUGCCGCAUGGCUCCUCUACAAAAGGCACAGAUAGUAAAAAUGGUGAAGAACUCUAAAGGCAGUCCGAUCACCCUUUCCAUUGGAGAUGGUGCCAAUGAUGUCAGCAUGAUUUUGGAAGCUCAUGUCGGCAUUGGCAUUAAGGGUAAAGAGGGGCGGCAGGCAGUGAGGAACAGUGAUUAUGCCAUCCCCAAACUCAAGCACCUCAAGAAACUUUUGUUGGCUCAUGGGCAUCUCUACUAUGUUCGCAUUGCACACCUGGUGCAGUAUUUCUUUUACAAGAACCUUUGCUUCAUCUUACCUCAGUUUUUGUACCAGUUCUUCUGUGGCUAUUCCCAGCAACCCCUGUAUGACGCAGCCUAUCUGACGAUGUACAACAUCUGCUUCACCUCUAUGCCCAUCCUGGCUUACAGCCUCUUCGAGCAGCACAUCUGCAUCGAGGUUCUGCUGGACAAUGCUACCCUCUACAGAGAGAUUGCCAAGAACGGCAUGUUACGGUGGGGACCUUUCCUCUACUGGACUUUGCUCGGAGUCUUCCAUGGCUUGCUCUUCUUCUUUGGAGUUCGAUAUUUGUUCAGUAACCCAGCUCUGCAGGAUAAUGGCCAGGUUUUUGGCAACUGGUCGUAUGGAACAAUUGUCUUCACUGUCCUUGUCUUCACUGUCACACUAAAGCUCGCUCUGGACACGCGGCACUGGACAUGGAUCAACCACUUUGUAAUCUGGGGCUCCCUGGCUUUCUACGUGUUUUUCAGCUUCUUCUGGGGAGGAAUAAUAUGGCCUUUCCUGAAGCAGCAGCGUUUGUACUUUGUGUUUGCCAACAUGCUGAGCUCGGUGUCAGCCUGGCUGGUCAUCAUCCUGCUCAUCCUGCUCAGCCUACUGCCAGAGAUCCUGCUUGUGGUGUUCCGCAAGCCUCGCGGGCCCCACGCUCGACAGAAGAAGCUGGUUCAGUCGAGAGUGGGGGGCCACCAGUCUCCCCGGUCGUCAGCCAGGCCCCUGCUCAUGAGAACCUUUUCAGAUGAAUCCAAUACUGUCAUUUAAACAGCUGUCAGAGGACGCCCUCCUACAAACAUCCAGAUUGCAGCGGUCACACCUCUAUCCUACAAGCACCUGAAGGAGCGCGAGUGAACAGCAGCAAGGACUCGCAGCAACGGUGGCAACGGCCACUUUCAGGGUCCCGUAACCAGUCGGGUCAGAGAUGUCUGCCAUCAUGCCUGAUCUGAAAAGAGGAGGAGGAGAAGAGGAGGGAAAAUAUAAGAAGAAAAAGAGAGAUGUGCUGACUGGGGGGGAAGGGAUCAAAAGGGGUUAAGCAGUCUUUUGACUUGCGUCUCUCUGCUCCGUCCUCUGUCCAAUCCCAACAACUCCCGACCCCCCACGCAUGCCUGCAGAGCAGUGCCCUGCAUUAUUUUUAACAUAUCUACUCAGAUGACAGGCAUGACUUUUUCUUUCUUUUACUUCUUCUUCUUCUUUUUUUUUUUUUUUUUUAAAUACUAGCUUACAAAUGAAUGCAUACACGGCUGCCUUGUCAGUAGCUCUAUCCAACUGCUGUGUUUUAACAAGCAGUUGUAAUAAUAUCCACUCCAAGAAUGGUUCACCUGCAUGAAAGAAGGCUCUAAAGAACGCUUCACUCCACUGAUAUUCAGUCACUGUAUUCUGCAAAGUUUUUAAUUAAGACAUAAUGAUCUCAUCCUCUCCAAUGAUUACACUUUAAAACGGUUAUUCUACUUUAGCGUUAUUACGCUUUUCAACGGUUAUUCUUUAAAUGGUUAUUAGGCUUGGGUGGUAUCAAGGUAUCACGGUAUAUUAGGAUAUUUACAAAUUCAAAAGGUGUGACUUUCAAAUCCAUGAAAAAUACAGACCCUCCUCUUUAUAGAUCAGGAAACGACACAGUUGUUCCACUUAGACUUCCGGUCCAGCCACUACUACACGUUAACAGCAGAUGAAAUACUGAAUUUAAGUCUACCUGACCUGAAAAACACACUGUGGGAAACGGCGAAAUUAGUUUUAGGAACUUGGCACUCAAUGGUAGGUUGUUCCUUUUGACGAUGUAUAAACUUGUCAGUAAUAAAAGUCUGCUGAUUCCCAGUGCAAAGCGUGGAUUGUAGUGAUCAAAGGAAAGAACUGGAUACAGUUGGGAAAUUGCAAAGUCUGUAGUGCUGAUGUCAUAACGCUUUUUUUGUGGGCAAUAAAAUACAAGACAGAUGCACAGCACGCACAAAUACAAAUGCUCCUCUCUUCCUCUGUAGACUGUUGGCUAGCAUUUGUUAGCUUGAGCCAGUGAACCUACCAGUAAUGAAAUCAGGGCUACAGACCCUGGAGUCUCCCAACAGUGUCCGGGUCUUUCGUUUGACUGCUGCAUUCCACCCUUUGUGCUGGUUCGUUUACCGUAAACUUGAAUUGAUAGCCCGGGCUAUUAUUAGCUUAAAUCACUGAAAUCAAUAGGCCUGUAUUUGGGACAAGUGUCUAUAUGGCAGAGGCCUUUAAUUCCUUUCACACACAACUGUUGUAUUAAAAUUAGGCCUCAGAUAAUAUAUCAAUUGUGAAUAAUUCAUUUGAUCUACCUCAAACAAAAGCCACUCAAGGAUUACAGCACCCAACAUACCGACACACUUCAUCCUGUUAGAACUAGUCACAACUUGAAAAACCCUUUGGAUUCCUUAGAUCUGAGCACCCUUGCGGACUAAAGAAAUAUGAAUAACUUAAUUAAGGUAAUUGAAGAAUGGGCACAUAAUUUGAGGUGUUUACACAUCUGAAGAACUUCUAUAAGAAAAAGAAGGACUGCUUGGCAACCAGACCAGGUGUCUAAUUGAGACAGGUGUUUAUUUGUCAAAAUGUGUAGCAACACUGGGCGAGUAAAAGGGACUGGGCUUUUAAUUGGGGCUAGGCUUUUAAUUAAGUUUAGGGUAUUUACCGAAGCCAGAGACUUUUAUUUUGAGAUCAAGUUAGUACCUUGUUGAAGGGAACAACCUACAAUUGAGCAGCAAAGUCCUAAAACUAUUUUCCCAUUGUGUAUUUCAGCUCAGGAGGACUAAGGUUUAGCAUUUCAUAUGCUGUUUUCGUCCACAAGUGGCUGGACCAGAAGUCUAAGAGGAACAACACUGUUGUGUCCUAGGAACCAAAAGACGCCUUGAAACUAUCUAUAUUAAGAUGUAUUGUAUGUAGUGCACAUCGAGCGCCACCAGAAGUCAUUGUCUACCAGUGGAACAGGCAGCUGAGCUGUCAAACAUGGCGACAGUGAGUGGUGGGGAUAACCUUACAUGACUGUAAACAGCCGGGAGCAACGGUUGAGAGAGGCUGCAGGGAAAACGGCGUAUUUGCACAUCUAGCUCGGUGAAUAAAGGUAGCACCACACACAAGUACCGUCAUAUACUGUAUACCCCAGUGAAAUUUCAUGAAGGUGUGACAAAAACAGAUACUGCCCAAGCCUAAUGGUUAUAUGUUUCAGGAAAUGCACUCCUCUACGGGUCCAAAUCAUUUAAGAUGAAAAGUUACUGAAGAUGAUUUCAGACUGUUAGAACAUGUUUCUGGUUUAUAGAUGAUUCUAUGAUUGUUUCCACUGAUGAAUUAUUUUAUGAAUACUAAGAUAUAAGAGAAGUUAACGGAGGCCAUAUUACCACUCGAUCCAAAAAGUGUGUAUGUGUGUGUGUGCGUGCAAGAUUGAGAGAUAGAUUAGAGACGUUAAGCAAUGAAACAUUGCUUGGAUGCUCGGAGCAUGACCUAAAUCGUCCAACCUCAGAGAUAAUUUAAGAGUCAAUUUAAGAUGAGAAAAUUAAUAUAUGUGCUGUACUGUAUAUAUAGCUUAGAGAUGUAUGAUAGCAUCUGCUCAAAGCCAAAAAGAUGAAUCAGAUUCUGUCCACGCUAGUGUGACCUGAAAGUGACAAGUCAGUGUGUGUGUGCCUGUGUGUGUUACAUAAGUGCGUGCUGGAUGAGAAAAGCCAGCCAUGUGUCGUGAAAACCAGGAUUACUUGAACCUCAUCGAUGUAGUACGGUUAGAAAUGUCCUGCACUAUUAAGGAAGCUGGUUUUGUCAUUGCGUCUCUGAGGCACAUGAAUAUAUGCCUGAGCACACGCACAUAUCAGAUAGACGAGAACAAACACACAAUAACCACACACGUCGUACAUAUAAAUGCGCACAUGCACUAAAGCCUAAAUGAGGUAUUUAUGUUCAUCACUCAUUAUCUAGUUUGCAUCAUUUGUCUCGGGCAGGCUGACAUAGGAGUGUGACGUAAAUCAACUCCAGACCUGCAGAGAAGUUAAUGCCACUGUGAGGCUCCACGCUCCGGCUCCUCUUUCUGUUCUUGGUCCAGUUUGCUGACCAACAGGAUGACAGAGUGGACUGUUUGGCCUUUUCUUCUUUCUUUUUGUGUGCUUCAUACAUUCCAUAUAAACAUGCCGUGAUUUUAAACACUUAGAAAUAGUUUCUGAAUAUUUUUUUCUGUUGUUUUUUUUUUUUCUUCCCACAAACAUGUUAUUGUCUAUUGGCAUAUUUAUUGUUAAGUGUACUUUUACUCACAAAUGCUAUACUUUUAUUACAUGAGUCUUUUUUUUAUUGUGGAGAGUGGUCAGCUUUGUGCCAGUUGAGUUGGUCUGUGUUACUCCAGCCCUGAUGUGAGCCCGUGCCAAUCCUGUUCAGUAGUCUUUGUCAUACAUGCAAAGACAGGCAGCCCCCCCAACACACUCCCAAUGUCCCAGAGUUGAACCAAUGCCACUCUUUAUACAAAGUUAUCUCAACUAAUGGUUUAAACCGAUGAGUUCCUGUCACUAAUCGUUUGUUUUGUGUCACAGGAUCUGUCAGUAUGGUGAUUUUACAGUUUAUUACUUUACUGAUCCCUGAUAAGGGGAGACACCUCAGGUGAAUAGAGUAAAUUUUAACAUAUAGAUAUCAACAUAAAACUCCCCCAGUUGAGAUAAUAAUUUUUUGUAUGAUGAAUUUUCUGGACUUUUAUGUUAAAAUAUGCAAAUGAGGCAUUAUCUAAUAAAAUAUGCAUCAUUUACAUAUAUUCCAAGGGCAGAAAUCUGAACACUGGAAACCAUGUCCAAAAUUCUUGUUUUAUUGUGUUAACAUAUUAGGUCAAAUGUUUUUAUUGGGGGAAUUUUAAAUAUCUCUUUCUAAAUCAGAAAAUACUGUCAACAACUAUACAAAAAAUUAAAACCUUCAGAAUAUAGGCAUGAAUCAAACUGUAAAGUUUGGUGGAUGUAAGUGAUACUAAAAUGAAGAUUUUUCGCUCAGAAAAAUUUCAUUUUGAGAAAAUGUCCUUUAUAUUUCAUGUUUUAUAUUAUAAAAUAUGACACCACAGGAUGUUAGAGCAAAAGAAUUAACUACUACAAACUUUUCCAGUUGAGUACUUACAUUAAGACAGUUAUUUUUUGUAUGACUAAUUUUCUUAAAUUGUAUGUUUAAAUAUGCAUAUUAGUAAUUAAUAUGCACUGAUUUGCAUACAUUUCCAGAGCAGAAAUCUGUUUAAUGGUUAAAACCACAUUUAGCAUUUUUGUUUUAUUUUGCUGACAUAUGAGAGUCAAAUGGUUUUACAGAGGGAAUUUUGGAUAUCUCUUUUAAUCACUUCAUAAAUUAGACAAUACUGUCAUCAGCCAUACAAAAAUCCCUUUUUCAUUUAUUUUUUGGGAAUAAAAGGUUGUAUAAAUCAGGCUUUGAGUGAUGUAUAAAAAAAACUCUAAAAACUUCUUCAGAAUAGAGAUAAGAAUAAAACUAAAGCUUGGUGCAUGUAAGUGAUACUGAAGUGAAAACUUUUGGCUCAGAGUUUGAGGGGAAAAAAACUAUAUGUAUUGUCAUAUUUUAUACAUUGUAGACAAAAAAUAUGACACCACAGGGCAAAAAAAGAACUACAAACUUUCCCAGUUAAUCACUUUCAAACAGUUUUUUGUAUUACAGAUUUUCUUAAAUUGUGUGUUCAAGUAUGUAAAUUAAACAUUAUCUUAUUAAAUAUGUGCAAUUUACAUAAGUUCCAGAACAGAAAUCUGACUAAAAUAAACACCUAAAUGUGCAUUUUGAACUCAUUCCUUUCACUGAUUAAAUUAAGACAUAUUAUGGAACCAAAUUGCCCCAAAUCUCCAACCUGACCGGUGCCGUUUCACCUGGGGCGUCUCACCUCAAACAAUAACUCCAGUACAGUACUCUCUGGUACUGGGCUUGUAUUUCACCGCACUGACUGUAGCCUGACAUUUCUGAUUCAGUGCACGCGCAGAGUGGCAGCCAUAACGCCAAAACAUUAAGAUGAUGUUUAUUUGUUCUUAACAAAUGGAAAAAUGUACAUGCCUUUCAGCGUCAUUUUCUACUAAGCUUGUUUUUCCGAUGUUAGGAACAUGAAGGAGGCUGCUCUUUACUCUCACCUCCAGACUGCACUGUGCCGGGGACACCGGAUGUUAAGAGGACACACCGAGAGGGGCUGCCUGCUUUGUUAAAAUAAAAUAAAAAAAAACCAACAACCUUUAAGUGACGUCAGAGAUGCUAUUUUCAGAGCUUAAAAAUAUCUUGGAAUCUAACGUUUUGCCUGUCUAAAUGAAAAGUAUAAAAGAAUGGAUUGUAUUUUUAAUGCAACCUUUUUCCAGCCACUUUUGUAAGAAAAUCAAAAUGUUGAGAAAAAAAAAAAAAAAGCACGAGAGGCUCUGUGGUUGUGGA